CUUCGCGCGCUCCCUCGUUCUUAUCCAAACCCCACUGAAGACAAUCUUAUUGCUGCAGCGUGCUUUUGGGAACAACUUUCGCCUCUUAUUCAUAUUUCUCUGGACCAAGAUAAGGAAAGAAAUUCAUCUUUCCAGGCGUAAAUAUCAGCUAUGAGGGAAAGGGAGCGCUGUAUUCGCUACUCAUUUUUCACAUUGUCUUUGGUGGUGUUUUGGCAGACAAGGUCAGGAAUAGCUGACUCCACGACAGACGCCUUCAAAAACAACAUCACUCUCUUCACCAGAAUCCUGGACAGACUGCUGGAUGGCUAUGAUAAUCGGCUCAGACCUGGGCUUGGAGACCGUGUAACAGAAGUGAAGACGAAUAUCUAUGUUACCAGCUUUGGUCCAGUUUCAGACACAGACAUGGAGUACACGAUAGAUGUUUUCUUCCGUCAGAGCUGGAAAGAUGAGCGAUUAAAGUUCAAUGGACCAAUGAACAUCCUACGUCUGAACAACCUGAUGGCCAGCAAGAUAUGGACACCAGACACCUUCUUCCACAAUGGGAAGAAGUCAGUGGCUCACAACAUGACUAUGCCAAACAAGCUGCUGAGGAUUCAGGAGGAUGGGACUUUGCUCUACACUAUGAGGUUGACAGUCCAGGCAGAGUGUCCCAUGCAUCUGGAGGACUUCCCUAUGGACUCUCACUCCUGCCCCCUGAAGUUUGGCAGCUAUGCCUACACAAUGGCAGAGGUGACGUAUUCGUGGACCCACAACGCCUCAAAGUCAGUCGUGGUUGCAGAGGACGGGUCACGGUUAAACCAGUACGAUCUGCUCGGACAGACGGUUGGGAAGGAAACCAUUAAAUCAAGCACAGGGGAAUACACGGUCAUGACAGCCCAGUUCCACUUGAAGCGCAAGAUUGGCUAUUUUGUGAUCCAAACAUACCUGCCUUGCAUCAUGACAGUCAUCUUGUCCCAGGUGUCCUUCUGGCUGAAUAGGGAGUCUGUCCCAGCCAGGACUGUCUUUGGUGUGACAACUGUGCUGACUAUGACCACCCUGAGCAUUAGCGCCCGCAAUUCCUUGCCCAAGGUGGCCUAUGCCACUGCCAUGGACUGGUUCAUCGCUGUCUGCUACGCCUUCGUCUUUUCAGCCCUCAUUGAGUUUGCCACUGUCAACUACUUCACCAAGCGUGGGUGGGCGUGGGAUGGAAAAAGCAUCGUGAAUGAUAAGAAAAAGGAGAAGGCCUCGGUGAUGAAGAAGAAUAAUGCGUAUGCUGUGGCAGUGGCCAACUACGCACCCAAUAUCACCAAGGACUCAGUCCUGCCUACCAUCUCCAAGGGUGGUGUCGCCACUGACCCAAACAAGGCCAAACCUGAAGCUAAACCUGUGGAGAACAAGAAGACCUUCAACAGUGUGAGCAAAAUCGACCGCAUGUCCCGGAUUAUGUUCCCCGUUCUCUUUGGAAGCUUCAACCUGGUUUACUGGGCCACAUACCUAAACAGAGAACCCGUUAUCAAGGAUAUGGUGCCCUCAAAGUAAAGCGGGGAGAGGGGGUCCGUCAUGGUGCAGUGUAUCUUCUAUACAGGACUGAA